AGCACGAUACGCAGACACUCGUUUGUCCGCAAUCCCAGUUUUUAAUUCGGGUUUCCUGUGAAAAAACCUUUAAAAAACAAUAAAACAAUAAGUGAAUAUGUGUAAUUUUCAAAUAAAACUCAUAUUUCAGUGUUAAAAGUGUUUUUUUGUGUUAAACUAAUUCACUCGGAUAUUCUUGCUCGUUUCCAAGAUGGCUUCUACCCGUUGACUUACACUAGAAGAUUUCUAACGUCAUAUCCUGUGUGUCCUAUAGCGGAAUCCUAUUGAAAAUAGACAGAUGAAGCUUCGUGAGCGGCACGGCACAGCGGGCUGAGGCGCAGCCAAGAUGGAGGCAGGUUGGCUGGUGGUGGUGGCGCUCUUCGUUGCUGCGAGCGCUCAGAACAAUCGCAAUGAUGGACCACGAUUUCUGUCGAGAGGCCACUCGUUUAGAACUGUGGUUGGAGACACGCUGCUCCUUCCCUGCCAGGUCCAGAACCUUGGAUCCCUGGUACUGCUGUGGAGGCGAGGCCCUGCAGUGCUCACGGCUGCGAGUCUGAUGGUCACGCGAGAUGAAAGGUUUCGUCUGGUUGAUGGUUACAAUCUUCAGAUAACCGAUGUCGGGCCUCAGGACGCAGGCGACUACGUUUGCCAGAUAUCUGAUCGAGUGGCCAGGGACCAGGUGCACACUGUGGAGGUAUUGGUGCCACCGAGCGUUAGAGCCUCUCCGGAGACGAGACACGUGACGGCCAGACGCGGAGGAGCUGCCGUGCUGGAGUGCCGAGCAGCUGGGAACCCUGUACCAACCGUCACGUGGCAUCGAUUGCUUUUCUACCAGAACGACAGCAGCUCUCGUCUCGGCGAGGGCCCGCAGCUGCAGCUCUCCCGCCUGGAGCGGCACCACGGUGGGGUCUACGCGUGCACCGUGGACAACGGCGUCGGGCCACCGGUGGUCACAGAGUUCCAGCUGCAAGUGCUGUAUCCUCCAGAGAUAACGGUGGAGAGAUCCUGGGUUCACACUGGCGAGGGGUUCCGGGCUGAAUUAGUGUGCACGGUUCUAGCUGACCCGCCCGCUGAGGUUUCUUGGUACCAGAAUUCUUUUCCGCUGAGCGCUUCCGAACGCGUGACGAUGUCGGCCCGAGGGAGCAACCACACUUUACUAAUAGCUGAUGUGCAACCCGAAGACUUCGGGAACUACAGCUGCGUGGCAGACAACAGUCUGGGUCGCGCUCGUCGUCACGUGGAGGUGUCGGGGCGGCCAGGCCCCGCACGCUUCACGUCGCCGCCGCUGGCCCGCGCGCCCCACUCCUACACGCUCAGCUUCGCCGUCGACAGCUACCCACCCCUUGAUGAGUUGAGGCUACUUUACCGUCAGCUGGCCAUAAACGAGUCGUUUCAACAACCAGGACGUUGGCACGACGUCGUCCUGGCGGCGCCGGCUGCCAAGGGAUCAUUGACGCACAGAGUCUCGCACGAGCUGCGCGGACUGCAACCCGCUGCCGUGUACGAGGCUAUCGUGCAGGCGAAGAACAGAUACGGGUGGAACGAGGUCAGCGACAUAUUCCAGUUCCACACUCUCGGCGGGCCCCACACGGCUCAUGCAGACGAACUGACCCCGAUGUUCUCCGCGGCGCCCGAGCCGCGACUGACCCAAAGUUUGAGUGUACUAGUCAUAUAUACGUGUUACUGGCUGGCGUUCAGCCAAUGAGAGUCCGCCUUUUAAAAUUAGUGUCGCAACGUUCUAUUUUUUUCGAAUUCGCCCGAUCGUUUGACGAUUAAAAUGACACCAGUUCUUUUAAGCUUUCGAAGUGUUGUAAAGCCCUUAUAGACUUUUUAGCGAUUUAAGCGAUUUUCGUGUAAGCGAUAUGUACAAUUUAAAUUUUCUAGCGUUUCAUUUUUACAAUGUGAACUAACUCGAUUUCAUCAUUCCGCAAAUUUAGAACUCACUUCGAAAACUUGGCUAUGGCCAUGCAUUGACAACAGAUGAGUUUACAAGUUCAUCUCUUCCUUCUCACCUAUCAUCAUCCUUCUCCUGUUCUUCUCCCAGUCACCUGGGGUCGGCGCAACAUGUUUUCUCCUUCCAUACUCCUCUAUCAUAUAC